UCACGACUCUGCAUAAACAAUUUGGGCUCGACACUGGCAGAAGUGAGAAGAUCUGCCUGCUAAAUAUGUCUAAUGGGUAAUCUUGACAUCUGAUUCCUCACCACGAUGCCUGUUUUGUUGGCCUCUCUCGAUGUACGCGACUGAAGUAUCAGCUGAGUUGACGAAAACACUGGAUCUGGAUGAGCAUGAACCAUCUGUAAGAGCGUGACAGAACCAUCAGAAUAUGGAAAUAAUGGCCGUGAACGCAUCGGCCACCUCCCCUGCCACGGCAACUCUUCCUCCGUCUCCCGUUCUUCAAGAAGACGGUUUCCCCCUCGCCUCCCUGGACAGUGAGGAGUAUGUCUUUGUGGAGGCUCGCCAUCCCAACAAGGUGCUCGAAGGCCUCAACAGUCUGCGCUUGAACAAUGCCUUCUGUGAUGUGACACUGUGCUGCGGAGGACAGGAGUUCCCGUGCCAUAGAAUCGUGCUGGCGUCCUUCAGCUCUUAUUUUCAGGCCAUGUUCUCCACUGACCUGAUGGAGUCGCGCCAGGAGCGCGUGGCCAUCAACGGCGUGGAGCCCCAGAUGAUCGGCAUGCUGGUCAGCUACGCCUACACGGCCGAGGUGGUCAUCUCCAAGGCCAAUGUGCAGGCUCUGCUGGCGGCGGCUAACCUGCUGGACGUGAUGGCGGUGCGCGAGGCCUGCUGCCGCUUCAUGGAGCGCCAGAUGGACGAGAUGAACUGCGUGGGCAUCCACUGCUUCGCCGAGGCCCACUCCUGCCACGAGCUGGAGAAGCGCAGCAUGGACUACAUCCAGCAGCACUUCAGCACCGUCUGCCAACAGGAGGAGUUCCUGUCCCUGUGUGCCGACAAGCUGACAGAGAUCAUCUCCAGUGACCACCUGAAUGUGCCAAAAGAGGAGACGGUGUUUGAAGCGGCCAUGCUCUGGCUGAACAAGACCACCUCACGCAGACAGAGCUUUGAGAAGGUGCUUGAACACAUCCGGAUGCCCCUGAUAAGCCCGUACUACAUCCACGACGUGAUCGAGGGGCUGGAGGUGGUGAAGGAGUCUCUCACGUGCCAGAGGCUGAUCUCGGAGGCCAAGGACUACAUGCUGCUACAGGACCGCCGAGGAGAGCUCUACGGCCCCAGAGCCCGACCCCGACGCUCCACAGGCACAGCGGAGGUGAUUGUGACCGUUGGUGGGGAGGAUGACAAGGUGGUGCUGCGGAGUGUGGAGAGUUUUGACCCCCUGACCAACCAGUGGAAGAGCCUCGCCUGUCUCCCAUUCGCUGUCAGUAAACAUGGUUUAGUUGUAUCAGGCACCAUGUUGUACCUGGCGGGUGGUGAGUUCCCCGACGGUUCAGCCAGCCGGGAGAUGUGGCGCUACGACCCCUGCUUUGACGCCUGGCUGGAGAUGGCCCCCAUGAAUGUAGCGCGCUCCGAACUGGGUCUGGUCAUGUUGGACGGCUAUGUGUUCGCUGUGGGCGGUUGGGAGGGCCGCUCUCGUCUGGACACAGUGGAGUGCUACAACCCUCACACCAACAGCUGGCAGUUCAUGGAGUCGGUCAAGAUGGCGGUCACAAGCCCUGCUGUGGUGGCACUCGACGGCCUUCUCUACGUCACGGGUGGAGCUGUUCUUGAGGACGGAGAUGGUACCGAUCUGGCACAGGUGUACAACCCAAAGACCUGCGCCUGGACAGAGGUGGCCCCCAUGCAGAUAGCUCGCUCUGGAUCCGCUGCCUGUACCUUAAAGGGCAAGAUUUACGUUAUAGGGGGCUGGCAUGCCUCCACUGAGAACACAGACAAGGUGGAGUGCUACGACCCGAAGACCAACCAGUGGACCAUGUGUGCCCCCAUGAAGGAGAGGCGAUACCGGCCUGGCGUGGCUGUGGUGGACGGCAAGAUUUAUGUCCUGGGAGGAGAGGAAGGGUGGGACAGGUACCAUGACACCAUCGAGCGGUACUCUGAGGAGUCGGACAGCUGGGAGAUCGUGGGGGAGAUGCCUACCAGUCGCAGCUGGCUGAGCUGCGUGUCCAUGCAGCUGAGGAAGGACACUGGCGGGGGAAGCAGCCCUGGGGCCACCACCGAGACCGAGUUCCUGGAGGUGGAGUGAAGGGCCUCAGCCUCAGCUACGCUGACACUCCUGACUAGUCAUAGCACGGUUGGAAGAGGCAACAUCUGCCAGCACUUUUCCUUGCCGAGGAGUAAGACGACCAUUAUGACGACGACAAUGACAAAGAUGACACACGGUCCCUUACUGAGUGACAGCCAUAGAGAUCGGUGUCUCCAUUAAGAGACACAUCCCAAUCCUGUGUUACACUAUGGGCAGUUGCUAAAACAGACUUUGAACUAAUCCUUCGCUCCUGUGAAGGUUUUAAGCACACCACAUGCCUCAUCAGGUGGGUCCAUUCCAGUUUCCAAGGGUGGAGGUCUAGGUUACUUACACAUACACACCCGGGAGAGCAUAUUGAGUUUCGUUUUUCUUUUUCCUGUUGUGAAUGUAAUCUUGUCAAGUCAUUCUGCUCUGGAGUGUAAACAUGUGACGUGAACACAGUCCCAUAAUGGGCUUUGUUUUGUAGCAUCCAUUUUAGUAUUUGUGUCGUUUCUCUGUAGUCUUUUUUGUAAGCUUAGUAAUUUUUGUACAGUAUUUUCUAUUGUGGUGUUAAUUUUUGUAUUUAUUAAUCCGUUAUGUAUAAAAAAAAGACGUCUAGUACAUUUUUUGCCUUAUGGGUAUGCCUGCUACUUCUCAGCGUUAAAGAGAUGCCAUUUAUGUGGGUUAUAGCAUCACUGGAUUUAAUUAGUGCUUUAAGACAAUCAGGUUAUUGCCCUUUAAGUCAAGGGUUAUGUUAAUGAAUCUGUUUUGUUUAAUGUGCAAACCUCAAAAAAAAGUCUACCUGAAGUAUGUGUGCUAAUAAAUAAAGUACUGAAUAUUAAAAACUG